AUGUUCAAAGGUUGCAAUUUUUUAAUUAUAAGAUCUGAUAAACUAACACAGGAUCAAGAACUUGUCAAGCUUUUAACUGCAAAUCGAGCCGUUAACAUUUAUGUUAAAGAUGAAUUUGAUAAUUCUAAAAAUUAUAUGGAUCCUCCAUUAAUCACUCAUAUAAUUACUGAAACCAUUAAUUUUAUUGAAUAUAAUCAAGGAGUAAAUUCUAUGGUUCCUAUAGUUACCACAUCUUGGGUAUAUGAUAGUAUUAAUUUUCAAAAAUUACAAUCAUUACGUACUUAUAAUCCUAAUCCAAAUUAUUUUUUAAAAGAUUGUUUUAUAUGUUGUUGUGAUAAUUUACCUAGUGGAGAUAAAGAAUUGAUUUAUGGUGCAGUAAGUGCAUUUGGUGGGGGUUAUGUGGAUACAAUUACUAAAUAUACUACCCAUUUGAUUGCUUUAGAUGUUGUUAAUGAAAAAGCAGUAGUAGCUGCAAGUGUUGCAAAAAGUGGAAGUCAACGUGGAGAUAUAAAAAUUGUAUUACCACAUUGGAUAGAUCAUUGUAUAACAUUGGGGAAAAAAUUAGAAGAAGAUGAUUAUUUAUUACCUGAUCCAAAGAUAUUGAAGGGUGAUGAAGGUAAAUUUGAUUUGGAGAAUGUGGUUCUGUCAGCUGUAUUUAGUGAUUCUUUACCAAAAGAUGAAUAUAUCAAGGCUACUUUGGAUUGUUUUAAAGGUAAGAACUUUUAUUUGAGUUCUGAUUUUAAUUGGUCACAAAGACUAGCCAAUUCUAUCAAGUUACUAAUAGAAAGACAUGGAGGUAAAAUUGUCAAGGCAUUUGAUCUGAAAAAGGUGGAUAUAUAUCUUGGGAAAUUCAGACAAGGUGAUUAUUACAGGGAAAGUUGUUUGAGUAAUAGAAUAAUAGUUGGAAAUUUACAGUGGCUAUAUUCAAUUAUCGUUUCUCAAAAAUGGGUGUUGCCGUUGAAUGCAAAUAUUUUAUAUUACCCGAUUCCAACUGCUCCAUUACCUGAAUUUCAAGGUCUCAAAAUUUCAAUUACAAAUUAUAGUGGUGAUUCUAGACAAUAUUUAGGUAAAUUGAUUACCAUAAUGGGUGGAUAUUUCACUACUACUUUAACUAGAGAAAAUGAUUAUCUUGUAUGUGCUAAAGCAAGUGGUAAGAAAUUUGAUGCGGCAUUAAAUAAAUGGUUAGAUCAGAAUGGUAAUUCACAAGUGAAAGUGGUUAAUCAUUUGUGGUUAGAAGAUUGUUUUACUCAAUGGGCAAAAUUAGAUGAUAGUUUGGAUAAGUAUAAGAAUUUUGGUACUGAAUUAAUUGAUAUGGAACCAUUGGUUGGUAGAACUCAUUUGGAUUCAGAGGUUUUAAAACAAUGGAGUUUAGUAGUUGAAGAUGAAGGGAUUGAAGUAGAUGAGACUGGAAAUAUUAAUGAUAGUAUGAGUGAAGAUGAAUCUACUCAACGCAAGGAAAGAAGCAAAUCCGUUGAUGAAAAUGUUAAAGAUGUGAAAUCACCAAUCACAAAAACACCCCUCGCAUCAUCUCCAGUAGCUGCUAAAGGGAAAACUUUAUCAUCAGCAACAUCAUCUUCAUCAACACAAGAAACCACUCCUGAUCCAGUACCUACUCCAACAAGAUCACCAAUUACAGAUAACCAUACCUCAGCAGCACCAGUAGAAGCACCAGAAAGUUCGCCCCCAGUAACACAAUCAAGAUAUGGAGGUAGAUCUGCAGCUAGAAAAGCGGCUGCAAAAUUGCAUGACAAUAUGUCUGAUUUACGAGAAUAUCAAGAGAUGGCUAAAAGUAAGAGAAAAAUGAAACAUUACAUGGAAGAUCUUGAGAAAUCACUCAGUCCCAAGAAACGUAAAGUUAAGAGCGAUGACGGUGAUCAUUCUGAAGAUGAAAUUGAAGUUUUGGAAGAGAAUAAAGUUGUUGAAUUUGACAUUAUUGGAAUCAUGACUGGUUGUGAAUCAGAAAUUGAACUUAAUAAACAAGAUCAUGAACAUUUGAAGAAUUUAGGAAUUAAAAUUAUUACUGAUUUCAAUACCAAAUAUGAGCCUAAUACUUUAAUUGCACCAAGAAUUUUAAGAACAGAGAAAUUUUUGAGAAGUUUAAGUAAAGUUGAUAGAAUCAUUCAUCCAAAUUAUCUUAUUAAUAUUCUCGAACAUGUUAAAGAUAAAGGAAAAUCAGUAUUAAAAGAAUAUAGAAUUGAUGAUUAUGCACUUGAUAAAGUUGUUAAAACCAUUGAUACAGAAUUGGGUUAUACUAAAGGUAAAAAUCAUAAAGGAUUACAACAAUUAUUAGCUAGUGAAAAUAAAGGGAAAUUAUUUAAGGGAAUAAAUUUAAAUUUAUCAAGUAAUUUAAAUGGAGGAGUUCAAUUAAUUUCUAAAAUUUUAAAAGAUCAUGGUAUGGAAAAUUUCAAAGAAAUUAAAAAUUCAUCUAAUUUAACUAAACAAGCUAUAGUUAGUGAAUUAAAUGGAGAUGAAAAAAUUAUAUUACUUGCAAAUAAAAAGAAAGAUACUCGAUUGAUAAAUGGAUUCAAGAAUACCUUUGAUAAAGAUCAAGGUAUGGUACUUGACUGGGAUUGGUGUGUUAAAUCAAUUUUCAAAAUGGAUUUACAAGAUACUGAUCAAUUUACAUUAUAA